GUGGCCGAGUUCUCCGACGCCCUUGACUGGAGGCCCAUGCUGUUCCAAGAGCCGGUCAUUGCGCAAAGAGCCUGUGCCCUGUGCGGCGUCGUGUACAAGAAAGCAGUCAGGCUUCCCUGCGCCCACACGCUGUGCACAAAGUGCCACGCUCAGUGCGUCGACAAAGGAGGCGCAUGCCCCGUCGACCAGGAACCGUUCUGCGAGGAAGAUCUUGAGAAGCUGGAGUUAUCUGCCGAGUACAUUUGGAAGCGUAAGGUUGCCUGUUGGAAUGCAUCUAGUGGCUGCAGCUUCAUCGGCACUGUAGCCAGCCUCUUGGACCACUACAAGGAGUGCGGCCUGAGCGUCGUGCCUUGCUGCCUCUGCCGCUCGUCUGUGUUGCAGUGUGACGUUUUGGAGCACUUCCAGAGUGGCUGUGGCAUUCACGAAGCAAUAUCCUAUCACCAAAUGAAGAGAGCCAUGGAGAGGAUCUCUGAAGAUCUGGUGUCGCUGCAGACCAGCCUGAACCGGUGCAGUGAAGAUGUUAAAGUGGAAGGUGCAAAAUGCAAGGUCCUAUGGGAGGCUCACGUUUCUAGGCUUGCUGAGCAGCUAAGGGACCUCAGCACAGUCUGCACCACCCAAGUUCCCGAAGCAAUGCAAGUUGCUCUCCAGGCAGGACUGGCCGCCUACAAAGAGCAUGUGAGCAAGGAGCUCAGUCUGCUCAGCCUUUCUAAGCCUACGAGGGUCCACUGGUACAUUGAGGGCUGGGCAGACCUGAAGAAGCAAGUACUGGAGAGUGGGUUCAAACAGUUGGUUGGUCCCAAGAGCAACAUGUACAGUUACAGUGUCUGCCAAGAGGUCACGCUCAAACGAAAAACAAAUGGGGUCUUCUUAGCGUGCUUCAUGAUGAUACACCCCGGGGAUCAUGAUCUCCAGCUGGAGUGGCCCUUCCGCAAGGUGUACACGCUCGGUAUCAUCCACCCCAAGGACCCAUCGAAUGUGAUAUCGCGCAAGAUAAAUCCUGUUAAGUGUGCAGAUAAUCUUCAGCAUUGCUUUCUGAGGCCCAAAGGAGAGGAAAAUAGAGGAUGCGGACGGAACCUGACGACAGCAGGGAAGCUCGAAACGGACGGGUUUAUUCAAAGCGAUACGCUCCACGUGUUCUUGGAGAUAGAACCAUAA